UAAAUAGUAUUGUUAAUGUAUAGUUCAUGCAUAUAUAUUUCUGUCGAAACCAAAUUCAAAAAGAAAAAUACAAGUAAAAGAUGGAAGAAACAAGAAUUUCUGAUUCAAAAAUAGAAAAAGAAGAAGAAGAAGCUAAUGAGGAAGCAGAGGCAGAAGUAGAAAUAUGGAAUUAUAUAUUCGGGUUCUGCAAUAUGGCAACAGUCAAGUGUGCCAUUGAGCUUGGAAUAGCCGACGCCAUUGAUAAUCAUCAUCAAGGUCUCAUGACGCUUUCCGAGCUAUCAUCCGCCGUUGGAUGCACCGAUCCCUCCUACCUUUACCGUGUCAUGCGGUUAUUAGUGCAUCAAAAGAUUUUCAAGGAGAAAGCCACCGUGCACGGCACUACAGGCUACGCCCACACACCUCUCUCAUGUCGAUUACUCCGGAGAGGAGAUAACACUAACAGCAUGGCGGAUUUUGUUUUAGUGGAGAGCAGCCCUGCGAUGCUUGCUCCAUUGCAAUGUCUGAGCAAUCUUGUUCGAGUAAAUACCAAAAAUAAUUCAGCAUUUGAAGAAAUUCAUGGAGUUGGAAACCAAUUCUGGAAAUACGCAGUAGCAAAUCCCGGUCAUAGUAAACUAUUUACCGACGCAUUGUCGUCUGAUGCUAGGGUUGUAAUACCUAGAAUAAUUGAAAUGUGUCCCGAGGUGUUUGACGGCGUUAAAUCUUUGGUUGAUGUUGGAGGAGGUAACGGGACUACUAUAGGGUUGUUGGUUAAGGCAUUUCCGUGGAUUAAAGGUAUUAACUUCGAUCUACCUCAUGUUGCUUCGGUUGCACCGGAAUGUGAUGGUGUUACUCACGUCGGCGGAGAUAUGUUUGCCUAUGUUCCAAAGGUCGAUGCUGUUAUCAUGAAGUGGAUUCUCCAUGAUUGGAACGAUGAAGAAUGCAUAAAAAUAUUGAAGAAAUGCAGGGAAGCAAUUCCAAAGGACAAAGGAAAAGUGAUAAUUCUUGAUGCUGUCAUUGGGCAACCAAACGAGGACAAAUUUGAAGGGGUUAAAUUAAUGUUAGACAUUGUUAUAAUGGCUCACACCAACACAGGCAAAGAGAGGACAUCAAGUGAAUGGAAUUCUAUUCUGGUGAAGGCUGGUUUUAGCCAUUAUGUUAUUAAGUCCAUUCAUGCAAUUUAUUCCAUUAUUGUGGCUUUUCCUUAGA